AUGUGGCAUCACCCCAAGGACCGAAGUAAGCACUACAGCGGUGGUGGAUGCGUGUCGGGGCCCGACUCACCGACACACUACCCCGACGGUCACGGAGCGCCCGACGUCAUCGACUUCGCGAUCCACAAAGGGAUCACCGCCAUGAUGACGCAACAAGUGGUCGUCGACGAGCUGCUGUCCGACCACCUGCCAAUCGUCAUGGACCUCGUGGACGCCGCUCCUGCGCCUCCGGUAGCCCGCUUAGCGCGGAGAAUAGACUGGCGCGCCUUCCAGCAGACGCUAAACGACGCGCCGCAGCAUUGUGCGCCGAACUCCCCCGCCGCAGCAUUGUGCGCCGAACUCCCCCGCCGCAGCAUUGUGCGCCGAACUCCCCCGCCGCCGUGGACAAAGCGGCGGAAUGCAUCACCGCGCACUCGCCGACGCCACUACCGAGCGGCCCGCGCCGGCCGUCUAUCCCGCUCUGCCGAACCGCUUGCUGGCGCUUAUUCGCCGCAAGCGCUCCCUCCGCCGCCUGUGGCAGCAGUCGCGAUGCCCGCGCCUGAAGGCGGACCUUCGCCGCCUAGCGGACAAAUCGCCGAAUACGUCGCCGCGCCCAUCGCGCCGUCGGAGGGCGCAAUCUAUUUCUCGCCGGCGCUGGUGCGCAAGGCGACGUCAAGACUGAAACCGAAGAAGGCCCCCGGAGCAGACGGCAUCACUAACGCCGCCCUUCGCCGCCUGCCGCCACGCACACUAGUGGCACUGACGCGCCUAUUCAAUGGCAUCCUGCGGAGCUCACACUUCCCCGCGCCAUGGAAGGAGGCGCGGGACUCAGUAGAGUCCCACUUCCUCGCGCUUUCGCAGGGCUCGCCGGAGACCCUGGACGCGAUGUUUCGGUCCCUGGCUGGGGACGUCCCACCUGCGCCGCGGGGUUCCCCGAGGGCGCUUCUUUAUUCCGAUGCGAUUGCUUAUGCAAUCGUUAGGAAGCAAGUAGCGUUCUCGGAUGGCCUACACGCGGCGGUCCGGGCGUACCUUGACAGGGUUGAGGCAGAGCUUAGGGCCGAAGGCCUGCUCAGCACUCCUUUGACGCAGGACGAGUGGGCUGUUGCUCAAUGCAACAUUGCACGGUCGACCCCCCUGCGUCGCCGCCGCCCGGAAUCCCCCUCCUCUCCUGACCGUGACUCCAAGAGGCCGUGUCAGGACUCUGCCUUCCCGUCCCUCCCGGAUCCCCUCUCUCAGCGGGACCCUCGGUUGCGACGAAGACUCGCGCUCCCUGUACCAGAGCCCACCGCCUCUGCCGCGACCGCCGCGCGUGCCUCGCGAGACGCGCUUCCCGCGCGCACCACACUAGCCGCACCUGCCUCGCGCGAUUUUUCCGCUGCGCCCACCCCGCGCGCCGCGUCUGCCUUGCGCGCCGCGGUCACUGCACCCGCCGCGACUGCCGCAUGA